AUGGCGGGUAACGUAAAUGAAACCAGGACCGUGGAAGCACAAUGCUACUGCAAGUCUCUCCACUACAAGCUCACGCUGAAGGCCUCAAACCUCCCGCUUGGCGUUCACAUGUGUCAUUGCAGCGUCUGUCGGUGGACGCAUGGGACACUGACCAUCUUCCAUGCCGAAUUACCCAAAGGAGUUGCGCCUGAGUUCAUUGAGCCUUCCGGUUUGGACAAGCUCACUGCGUACCAAGGUCCUCAGGGAAAGCGAUACUUCUGCUCGACGUGCGGGUGUCACAUGGGCGACGUCUCCCUGGACGGCAAGGAUUGGGUCAUCUCAACGUCGCUGUUCGCUAAAGACGAGACCGUCUUCCAGAUCCGUACUCAUGUGUUCACCGAGUCAGCCUCUGGUGGUGGGCUGAAUGAGUGGCUUCCUCGGAUUGGGGACAGAGAGCUGAAGAUCUGGAACCCCAAAGAUGGUUCUGCGGCGCCUAAGGAGUCCAAGGCCGAAUAUGGACUUAAGGGAGAAGAUCGUCUGAGGGCAGAAUGCCAUUGUGGAGGUGUCUCGUUCACUAUUCCUCGUCCAACAGAGGAGGUGAUCAAUGACCCAGUCAUGAGCAAAUUCGUCUCCCCAGUGGACAAGAGCAAAUGGAUCGCAACCAUCGAUGCCUGUGAUGAUUGCCGUUUGACAAGUGGCGUGCACGUGAUAUCUUGGACGUUUGUUCCGCUGGACCAGUUGGAGCCGAAAAUCAAGCCCGACCUCCUGAUCGGCACCAUGAAGACUUUUGUGUCUUCGCCUGGCGUCUUACGGUCCUUCUGCGGGGUGUGUGGUGCCACAGUGUUCUAUGCUUGCGAUGACAGAUGCCCUACGGUGCAGCAGAAUAUUGUGGAUGUUGCGGUAGGGAUCCUAAGAGCACCAGAAGGCAUCCGGGCUGAGAAUUGGUUGACGUGGAGGGCUGGAGCGGUUGGAUGGGAAGCCAGCGGCUUGCAAUACGACGAGGAGCUCACCAAAUCAUUGGGCCAAGGCUGCAAGGAUUGGAGCUUGAAAAAGUAUGGCCAUGCUGGCACUCAAGAGAUAUGA